AUGGGAAACCAAACCACUGUGACUGAGUUUAUUCUCUUGGGACUUUCCAGUGAUCCACAGCUCCAAAUUGUAAUGUUCUUUGUGUUUUUGGUGAUAUACAUAAUCACUCUAGCAGGGAACACAGUCAUCAUGCUGGUGAUAAGAGCUCAUGCUCACCUUCAUACCCCCAUGUACUUCUUUCUGUCUCAUCUAUCCUUUGUUGACAUCUGCUAUUCCUCAGUCACCAUCCCCAAGAUGUUGGUGAAUUUACUAACAAUGAAUAAAACUAUUUCCGUCAAUGCUUGCUUUACCCAGAUGUUUUUCAUUUUUUUUUCAGCUAGUUGUGAAAGUUUAAUCCUCUCAGCAAUGGCUUAUGACCGCUAUGCUGCCAUAUGUGAUCCCCUGCAUUAUGUGGGAACAAUGAACAAAAGAGUGUGCAGGCAGCUGGUGGGUGGUUCCUGGACAAUAAGUAUUAUGCAUUCACUGCUCAACACAAUUCCUGUAUUACAGCUGGAGUUCUGUGGGCCCAAUGAAAUUCGGCAUUUUAGCUGCGAGCUUCCCCAAAUACUAACGCUUUCCUGCACUGAGACACUUGCCAACAAAAUAGCCCUUCUUUCUUCUGUUCUGGUCAUUGGUUUAGGCAGCUUCCUUCUCAUGCUUGUUUCCUACAUCCAUAUAAUCUCCACCAUCCUGAGGAUACGUUCUGCAGAAGGCAGAAGAAAAGCCUUCUCCACCUGCAGCUCCCACCUCGUUGUGGUAACUUUACUGUAUGUAACAGCCCUUGUCCAGUACAUGAAAUCCAGCUAUGUUUCAUCAUUGGUCCUAGAUCAAGUUUUUUCCAUCCAGUACAGUAUCUUAACCCCCAUGUUAAACCCCAUCAUCUACAGUCUGAAAAGCAAAGAAGUAAAAAUAACUCUUGGUAGAAUAUUAAAACGAUCAAGUUCUCAAAGUAUUUAA